AUGCCACGUAGCGAGGAUGAGGUCGGUCAGAAGAUCGACAGAUGUUUCGCGGAUUCGCUGCUCAAAGUGACCGGCGGCGUCGCGAUUGGCAUCGUGGCAAGUGUCGCGUUUUUCAAGAGCCGCUCGUGGCCAAUCUGGUUCGGUUCGGGCGUCGGCCUCGGCACCGGAUGGUCGAAUUGCCGUCACGACUUCGCGUCGCCGUACGUUUUGCACGGAAAAAAGGUCCCGGCUGGACAGGAUACUCAAGGAAAACCCGCAUUCAACAUCAUUCAACAGCAGGAGAAAUAG